AUGCCACCCCGAAACCAUGCAGCAUACAUUGUCGACAAAAACAGUAAGCGCCUAGAGGUCCGCCCGGCUCCGUAUGUCGCCCCGGGCCCCGACGAGCUUGUCAUCAGAAACAAAGCUGUCGCCAUAAACCCGGUGGACGUCGGUGUGCAACUUCUCGGCACCCUGAUAUUCUCAUGGCUCAAGUAUCCUGCCAUUGUCGGCAAUGAUGUCUCUGGAGUAGUUGAGGAGGUUGGGUCUGGCGGUCGCGCAAGCAAGCUAUUCCGGCCAGGCGACCGCGUCGUCGGCCAUGCCGUUGGCACGGACAAGCGUGCCAGCGGGAGCAGCGAAGCCGCCUUCCAGGAGUACACGGUACUGCGCUACAACCUGGCAUCCAAAAUCCCCCAAAGCUUGUCUCACGAGCAGGCGAGCGUCCUCCCCCUGGGACUAUCGACGGCCGCGUCUGGCCUCUUCAUGAAGGACUACCUCGCAUUGCCGGUACCAAAGCCACUGUCUGAGACCGACGUGUCUAGGCCGGCCGAUUCGUCGAAGAAUGCAGUGGUCAUUGUGUGA